GAGAGAGAGAGAGAGAGAGAGAGUUUUCGAGCCAUCUUCGCUUCUGAUUCCUCCGUCGACGGCGACGGCGACGGCAUCGCCGGAAUGGCGGCGCCGGACGGGUUCGUGGAGGCGGACAACGCGGAGGCCAUCAUCUCCAGGAUCGAGCACAAGUCUCGCAAGAUCGAGAGCUUGCUCAAGCAGUCGAAGCCAGUGGAGGCCCUCAAGACCGCGCUCGAAGGGUCGCCUCCGAACACGCGGGACGAGCGGUGCAAGUCGGCGAACUGGAUAGUGGUGCACAGAGCGAUAAUGGCGAUAAAGGAUCUGGACGCUCUGUUCUCUUCUUUGGAUCCCGAGUACUACGACAUCCUCAUGAAGCUCAGUGUGCAAUUAUGGUCUCAUGACCAGCAAAUGCAAAUUGAGCACUGUCUUCUAAUUUCACAAUGGUUAACUGAGAUUAAAGAUACUUGUACAGAGGCUUGUCUACAGGGGAUCGCCCCACCUGUGACCAGUGCCUGCGGAUUCACGAAAGACUCACGGAGAGGGCAGGCUUGGGGUGCAUACUUCGUUCCUUGGCAGACACCAUGAAUACAGUAUGAUGAUUAUUGCCAUCUUUACCAAAGAGAGAGAAGUUUCUACUGUAUUAUUCCUCGCCUCCCUUUCCUGUAGAUUUGUGCUGCAGCGUAUCUGCCAUCGACAUGACUGUGAUUAGUAUUGCGCUUUAUUAGGAACCAUUGUCUCCUAGUCCUUACAAAGCUGAACUUGCUUCAGAUUGCUAGAGAACAUUUAUUCUUUCAUUUCGAGGUGUUGCCGUUUGUCUA